AACUGGCUGUCAAUUGAACUUGGCGGAACUGAAAGGCAUGGCUGCUUCUACUGGAACCGACAAACCCACAGUGAAGGAGAUCUUCACCUCCAUGCAGUAUGGACCUGCUCCUGAAGCUGCCAACAUUGCACAGGCUUGGCUGGACUCUCAUGAACGGAGCUUUGGCCAUUUUGUGGGCGGUAAAUGGAUUAAGCCAGAUGGUAGACAGACAUAUGUUACCAAGAACCCAGCAACAGGAGAGACUUUGGCAACCACCAUCCAGGGAAAUGAGGAAGAUGUGGAGUUUGCAGUAAGCACAGCACGGAAAGCUUUUGAGAGUUGGAGCAAACUGCCCUGCCAUGUCCGAGCACGAUACCUGUACAGCAUUGCCCGCACUGUACAGAAACAUCAGAGGUUGCUCAGCGUUGUGGAGAGCAUGGACAAUGGCAAGCCUAUUCGUGAGUCACGUGACUGCGAUGUUCCCCUUGUGGUCCGUCACUUCUACCACCAUGCCGGUUGGGCACAGCUUAGAGACACUGAAAUGAAUGGUUGGAAACCUUUGGGUGUUGUUGCUGCUAUUGUUCCCUGGAAUUUUCCUUUGAUGUUGCUCACCUGGAAAAUAUGUCCUGCAUUAGCAAUGGGUAAUACUGUAGUUUUAAAGCCUGCAACAUAUACACGUUUGACUGCUCUUCUGCUGGCAGAGAUUUGUUCUGAGGCAGGUCUGCCACCUGGAGUCUUCAAUGUGGUCACUGGUAAUGGUGCCUUUGGUGAAAAUUUGGCUAUUCAUCCUGAUGUGGAUAAAGUAGCAUUUACAGGCUCUACAGAGGUGGGACGCACUCUGCGUAAAGCAACAGCUGGCAGUGGAAAGAAGUUGUCCCUGGAGCUGGGUGGCAAGUCCCCCUUCCUUGUAUUUGAUACUGCAGAUUUAGACAGCGCUGUGGAAGGAGUUGUAGAUGCCAUAUGGUUUAAUCAGGGACAGGUUUGCAGUGCAGGAUCCCGACUUCUCAUACAGGAACCAAUCGCUGAAGAUCUGAUCCGAAGACUCAAGCAGAGGGUGACCCACCUGAGAGUUGGUGACAGUCUGGAUAAGACCAUUGACAUGGGAGCCUUAGUGGAUGAGAGUCAGAUGAAGACAAUCUCUGAAUUUGUGGCGGAAGCUCGAUCAGAGGGGGCAGAGGUUUUCCAGGCUCCUGGACCUCUUCCUAAAAAAGGAUUAUUCUACCCACCAACCUUAAUCACUGGUGUGGACACCACAUCGCGCUGUGUCAGAGAGGAGAUUUUUGGACCUGUCCUGGUUGCAAUGACAUUCCGAACUGCUAAAGAAGCCAUUGCGCUUGGGAAUAACACACCCUAUGGAUUGGCCGCUAGUGUCUGGACAGAAAAUAUGCCUUUAGCUUUGGAGGUUGCAUUGAGCAUAAAAGCUGGCACAGUGUGGAUAAAUGGACACAACAUGUUUGAUGCAGCUGCUGGGUUUGGUGGAUAUAAAGAAAGUGGAUUUGGACGGGAUGGAGGAAAAGAGGGGCUGUAUGAGUAUGUAAGACCGUCAUGGGAAAGCAGACCACAACCAAACUCAGGAGACGUAAAUUAUAAAACCUAUGCUGUUACCUAUGGUGCUGACCUUCCUCCUAUUCCAGGACAAAAACAGAUCAAUCUUUCUGUAAUUCAGACAAAGGACUCGGACAUUCCCAGCGUCGACAGGACCUUCAAGCUGUAUUAUGGUGGGGCCCAAAAACGUCCUGAUGGCAUGUACUCUCGCCCUAUCUAUGGCUCUGAUGGUACUGUGAUAGCAUAUGUUUCAGACAGUAACAGAAAAGAUGUCCGCAACGCAGUGGAGACCGCCCAUAAAGCAGCUCCUGGUUGGGGCAAGAGGGCUGCUCAUAACAGAGCACAGAUUGUCUAUUACAUGGCAGAAAACCUCGAGCUAAGGAGGGAUGAAGUAGCCCAAAGACUGAGUACACUAACUGGACAAUCAAGAGAGAAGUCCCAGCAAGAAGUGGAUCUCAGCAUUCAGCGCCUUUUCUACUGGGGUGCAUACUGUGAUAAAUAUGGAGGCAGUGUACAAGAAACAUUGCUUUAUGGAGCCACUGUAUUGAUUCGAGAACCAAUGGGAGUUGUUGGCAUUGUUUGCCCGGACGAAAGCCCACUUCUUAGCUUCGUCAGCCUCUUUGCCCCAGCCAUUGUGCGUGGAAAUGCUGUGGUAAUAAUUCCAAGUGAAAAGUUCCCUCUGCCAGCUUUGGACUUUUACCAGGUAAGGCAUUUCCUCUACU